GUGUUGCAGAAAGGAGCAAAAGAAGCUCCCACAAAACCUAAAGGACGGCCAAAGAAGGACUCAGUAGACGGUAGUGCAGACUCUGAGAUCGAAGUUGACGAGGAAAGUUCGUGUGACAUCAUGCAUGAAGAUGCUUCUGAGGAGUCGCCAAGCAGUUCAACAACUCCUGCACUAGACACGGAAUGUGGCCAGUCUUCGUCUUUGGAUGCCUCAUGUGAUGCUGACUCGCUCUAUUUAACACCAAACGAUCAGCCCGAACAUCCCUGGUGA